CCAUCUAUAAACCGGCCACAACCACAAUCACUAUCAAUUGCCAGCCAUAUAUAAAUGUAUUGAUCCAUUAUGGGCCGGAGGAAGGUGGAGAUGAAGCGGAUCGAAGACAGAAGCAGCCGCCAUGUUACUUUCUCCAAGAGGCGAAACGGAUUGAUUAAAAAGGCUCGUGAACUCCCCAUUCUCUGCGAUGUUGAAAUCGGUGUCAUCGUCUUCUCCACUGGAGGACGGCUUUAUGAAUUCUGUAGCAGCGGUAGAUCAGAGAAAGCUUGCGCUGUCGGGUACAGCGUUUUCUUCUUUGUUAUUGACUUACUAUCAGCCGCAAGAGCUCUCGAUGCCUCUCUCGAUUUUGCUUCGAAGAAUACAAAACUGAGUUGCAGAGCUGUUUCUCUCUUGAUUCCAUUCCAUUGCUUGCUGAGUUGGCUUUUCAUCACAGGAAAAACAUUUAUCAACGGAUGAGCUUGCAAUAGUUAGUUAUUUUCCUUUCCGGUUAUAACUAGAUUUCCACUUUUUUUUUUU